AUGUCAACAUACUGUCGUAUUACUGGCAAGAGCCGUGGUUUACCAAAACCGAAUUAUUUCCCAUUGCUACCACCAAUCUCACCAGCAGAUGCAAAGCGUUUUUGUCGCAUAACUGGAAAGUCAUAUGGGCUGCCUGCGCAUCAUUACAUACCAGUGUUAGUUGGACGAAAAAAAACAAAAUCUGAUCCUAAACAUGUAGUGAUAAAUGGAUAUCGGUAUGUAUUUCCAAUAAUAGAUGGAUGUUCAGAGUUAUCUGAUGUAUUGAAAACGAAGUGCACAGAUGAUCGUAGAUAUGUGUACGCGGUGGAUAAGCGUAGAUGUAGUCUCGUAUUUCCAACUAGCUUAGAAAAUGCAGUUAGAGAUGGAGACGUCAAAGAUGUCAUGAUGUCAGAGACAAAUGACACAGUUCUUCUUAAACUGCGUAAAGGUAAAACUGUCGAGUUAGAAAUAAAAGAAAUGGAAGUAGCUGGAGUUACGUUGAUGGAAGGUGAAGGGUUUCGGAACAGGCCCAAACAGAAAAAAACUAUAAAGGACGAUUGGAGAAGGAAAAUAUUUGAAGACAAGGAAAAGGAAAGUGACGCUGAACUAGAACAGGAAGAACUCAAAUCAAAACGGAUAACAUUUUCAGCAGGUCAAGGAAAACAAAUUGAAUCUAUUGAAUCUACGCCAAAAAUUAUGAACACAAAAUCAUUAACUAUUUCAAAAAUAAAAAAUAUUGUCAAACCAAUCACGGAAAAUAUAAUACUAGGGGAAAAUAAUAAUAAUUUAAAACUUCAAACCGAUAUAUUACCCACUCCAAUCUCAAUUGAACCAAAUGUCAUAGAUCUCGGUUCUGCAUUUCCUGGUGUAAUACAUCAGACUUUUCUUAAUGAAACUAUUCUUACUAAUUUACCUGUCGUUCCGGUUAUAUCACCAAUAAAACCUUUGAUAAAUAACUUCAAUAAACAACCUAUGAUUUUGCCUGACAUCGACUCAUGUGAAAUUGAAGAAAUAUUAAUCGAAGAUAAUAUUAACAAAUUAUUAACAAUUAAUGAAAUUAAUUUACUAAUUGAAAAUAUUCAAUUGGGUACUCAAAAAAUAAUUCCUACCAGUCAAGGUACAACCAAAAUAUUUAAAUUAGAAAUUAACAAUUCUGAAAAGUAUGUGCCAGGACAAUAUGUAAAAACUGAAGAUGGUGAAAAAUUUGUACCUGGUAAAAUUAUUGACACAGCUAAUGGUAAACUAUUUGUGCAUGGUGUUAUGGUCCAAACAUCAGACGGACCAAAAUUCCUUCCUGGACAAAUUAUCGAAGAUUCAGGCAAAUCUAUAUUCGUUGUUGGUCAAAAUAUUGUAACAAGAGAAGGCGAAUCAUUUGUUCCAGGACAAACGAUUACAAUAGAAGGGGAGAAAAGAUUUGUGCCUGGACAAACAGUUAUUACUCCUGAAGGUAUUGGUUUUGUGGCUGGACAAGUAGUCAACAAUGGUGAUGAAUCACAUUUUAUCCCUGGGCAGACCGUAAUGACUAUUCAUGGGCCACAAUUUGUACCAGGCCAGUUUUGGAAUGACGGAAACGUUGAAUUUACUCCUGGACAAAGUGUUUUGAAAAAUAAUGGUGAUUGGGAAUUUGUUCCCGGUGUAUGUGUUGGAUCUUCUUUCAUACCCGGAUUAACAGUUAUCGAAGAAGACAAAAAAGAAUUCAUUCCAGGAAGAAUAGUAGAAACUAAUAAUGAUACUUCUUUUAUACCAGGUAUAACAACUUUAGAUAACAAUGGAAAUACAAAAUUUGUUCCUGGAAUAAGUAUUGAAACAGAAAAUGGAAUAAAAUUUGUAUCUGGAAAUAUUUUAUCAGACAAUAAUGGAAAUAAACAGUUUAUUUUGGGACACAUUACAAAUUCAGAAAAUGGGGAAAUUAAUUUUACAGAAGCUAAGUCAUUACAGGAAGUUAUUUGUUCUGAUGAAGUACAAUCUGGAAUUUUAACAAACGAUUCAUUUUAUCCAAAAGGUGAGAAAUCUGAUGAAGUUUUUGGACAGAUGGUACAAACCGCGUAUGGGGUAGAAUUUUAUCCGGGUGAUCAAGUGGGUUUACCUGCUGGAAAAAUAGUUCCAGGAAAAUUAAUACGGAACAAUGGUAUUAGAUUCGUUCCAGGUGUUGUAGUCGAUGACAAAUUUAUACCAGGGCAAAUUGUGGUAACAGAUAGAGGAGAGCAGUUUGUACCGGGACAAGUGAUUGAAACUCAAACGGGUCCCAAAUUUGUGCCAGGACAAGUUGUAGAAACAGAUACUGGUACGAAAUUUGUUCCUGGGCAGACUAUUGAAACCAAAGAAGGAAUAAAAUUUGUACCUGGUCAGAUAGUAGAAACAAAAGCAGGUCCAACGUUUAUACCGGGUCAAAUAAUAUUUACAGAAGAAGAAGGAUCUAGAUUUGUACCUGGUCAAGUGGUCGAUACAAUAGAGGGACCAAGAUUUGUACCAGGAAGAGUUAUAGAAACUGGAGAUUGUGUAACUUUUGUACCGGGUCAAGUAGUUGAAACAACAGAAGGUUUGAAAUUUAUUGCCCCAGAUCUUCAAGAUGCAGAUGAUGGUGGCUGUGAGUUCAGUGUCCAGGGAUUUGAAGUGUCACCAGAGGAACUACGUGUUAUUCAACCCAGUUUUCCUCAAACUUCGUAUUAUACACAAAAUGGUAAAAUGGCUCUUGAUUCAAAAAUGUUGGAACAAUUAUCAUUUGCAGGAAUGAGUAUAGGAAGACAAGUUCCUGCAGAACUUCCAGAAGUUGAUGUAAGCACACUUCCUUCAAUGGAAGUGGCAUAUGACGUUGCAGAAAAACUGGAACUUAAUAAUGACAAUACAAUUAAAUUGGCACAUAUAAUUAAUCGAUUAUGUAAGCUAGAUUUAAAAAAUACUUAUUAUGGAUCACCAUUAGUACAAAACUUAAUAAACAAGUUGCCACAAAUUAAAUCAAACGAUAAUGUAGCUGAAGUUAUUGAAAAUAUACUCAAAACUACUAAAUCAAGUCCUAUAACAGCUUUAAAUGAAAUUUAUGUAGUUAUAUUUGAUGAUGGUUUUGUAACGGAUUUAAAAAACCCAAAUAAAGUCAAUAUUUUGAAGGGAAUAAUGAACAGUUCUGAACUUGAAUCUAAAUAUAUUGCUGAAGCAUUCAGUGAAAUUCUGAAUGAUUCAGAAGACUCUAAACUACGUUCAGCAUUUGAACAUAUAGCAGAAGAAAAUAUAGAAUUAUUAAAAGAAGUGAAAUUAAAAAUUGACAUGAAAAAAGUAAAUAGUGAAAAAGAAGCAAUUGAAGCAUUACAGUGGGCAAUCGUUAGUGUCAUUAACAAAACAAGUGAAAUAACUGUUAAUCAAAUGCUAAAAGACAAUAAAAGUGAACAAUUCAAUCGUUUGUUAUCUGAUGCAGUUGGUCUUGCUAAAGCAUUAGGACUGAAAGAAGUAGUUUCAGUACUUAUGGAUGUUUUAGAUGAUCGAAGAUCAGCUGAUAUAUUAGCAUCAGAUAAAAUAACAAUAGAGAUACUAAGACGAUUAACUGUAAUGAGAAAACUUGCUGAAAGACGUCCAGAAUUUAGUGAAACAUUAAGCGGAAUGUCAGCCGACCCAAUUGAAGCUAGAUUGGAUCCCAGAUUACGUGAACUAGUCAGAGAGAGUGGAGUUUUAUUACUUCCUCCCGAAACAAACAUUGAAACAUCUUUUGAUGUCCCUGCUGAAUUAUUCAGUCCAGGGAAUAGCUUAGCAAUGGAAGAUUUUUUGGUGAAAUCAAGAAAAAUGGGAAUUUUACUAAUAAUUAAAAAUGGUCUUCAAGCUGUAGUACCACGAGAAGCAGCUAGAUCAGUUUUAACAGGAGAGGUUCCAUACACUGUUUUAGAUGAAAGAGGCAUGCACAGAUUUGAACCAAUGAAUGUACUCGAUGCUUUAAACAUUCGAGCAUACAGUUCAGGAAGAUAUUCAAUGUAUAAUUGUGCUGUACAAAAAACGCUGACGGAAGAUGAGGGAACUAUUACCCGUGGUAGUUCAAUUAGUUUGGAUGAUAGACAAUUAACAAUUGGAGAGGGCGGCGGAGACGAAUAUGAAGUACUACAAGAUUAUGAAACAGAACCAGUUGAUGGUGCUGACGAGGAAGAUGAUUUGAUUUUGGAACCGGGUGACAGAGUUAUUGUAUUAAAACAAUCCAAAGAUGACCCAUCAAUGGGCGCCGAGGUAAAACGAAAUUUACUGUUGGACAAUGCAGCGGCCAAACAUAAAAUGUCAGUACGACCAAAUAAAGUACAUCCAACCAAACACAAACCCUUGGAUACAGACGGGUCAUUGGUUCAAAGUCUAGAUGAGCCAACUAAAAUGGGAUAUGUACCAAAUAAAAUUCUUAAAAAAAUACCGGCUCCUGUUAGAGCGACUGCUGUGGUUCCAGCAGAAGGACAGACGUUAUCAAAAAAAGAUGCAAAAUUCAAUAGAGAUGUGGUACUCGCAGAGUUAGUAGAAACUGAAGAAGAAUUUGGUCAAGAUAUUCAAGAAGUAGUAGAAAGAUAUUUAAAUCCUUUAGAGUUCAAUGAUGCACCAAGAAUAGUCAGAGAUAAUAAAGAUCUUAUAUUCAACAAUUUAAAACAAAUAUCACAAUUUCAUAACACAGUUCUUAUUGCUGGAUUAAAAUAUGCAGCUAGCGAACCAAAAACUAUGGGCAGAACAUUUCUUCGUUUAGAAAGAGAUUUCGAUAAGCAUGUCAAUUAUUGUCAGACAGAACCAGAAGCACAAGAAUUUUUGGAACGCAAUUAUGAAGUAAACGAGUAUUUUGAGGAUGAGCGAUUGAAAUUUGGAGACGAUAAAGCUCUUUCGGAACACUUGAAAUUGCCGAUACAACGAAUUAACGAUUAUCAAUUACUACUCAAGGAACUAGUGAAAUAUUCAUUACUCAUAGGAGAAGACACUACUGACUUAGAAAGAGCUCUGGAAUUGAUGCUAUCAAUUCCACACCGAUUUACCGACACGAAAUUCUUAACUAAUAUAGAAGGAUUUCAUGGCACUAUACAUAAACUGGGCCGAUUAUUAAAACACGGAUGGUACUACGUACAAGACGCCGAAGAUCCUAAAGGGCAUCAGCGCUAUUGCUUUUUAUUCAAAUCUAGAAUCCUUGUCUGUAAAGUUCGUCGAAUAUCUGAAGACAAAUCUGUCUUCGUACUGAAGGAUAUAAUUAGAUUACCUGAGGUUACUGUAAAAGCAGCUCCAGACAACAAGCGUGUAUGGGUACUUCAUCAUAGACUAGGAGAUGUUGGAAAUUAUCCAUUCACCUUUAGGGCUAAUGAAGAUUUAAGUCGGGAUCAGUGGAUUACAGAAAUUGAAGAACAUAGAAACGAUUUACGUGAAAAAGAAGAUUUACAAGACCAAUUUUGGGAGAGAGAAUACGUUUCUAUAACAGAAACUUCUAAAUCUUCUAUAACAGUGACAAAUGUUGAACAUAACAGUGACGAUAUCAAAGUACAAAAACAAAAGGAUGAAGAUUUAUUUGAACCACUUAAAGGCAUCGAAUUAGAUAUUUCUUCAGAGAUUGAAGAAGGUUUAGAUCCCAUUGAAAGACGAUUAGCACCGAAACCGUUGAAACACGUUGAAGAGCCAAAACGUCCACCACUUACACUUCCACCUAAAGAACCAAUAUUUGAAUGCACAUCACCACCUGAACCUAAGAAACGACCAGAACCUGAGAAAGUUGAAGAACCCCCUGUGAUUGAAAUGCCUGUUCCACAUCAAGAGGUUAUUGUUGAAAAGGAAAUAAUAGAGGAAGUGCCUAUUCCACAAGUAGAACCAGUUCCAACGGAACCCCCUCCACCUGAAAGAUCUCCUUCACCAGCGGAAGAAGAAAUUGAAUCAGAACCAUUAAAAUAUAUAGAAGGUGUUUCAAAACCAUACUUUCAUGUCAAUAUUAAAGGAACUAGUCGCGGAGGUGUUAUUGAAGAGUGUAAUGAAUGGUGGGACACUAAGGGUGAAUUUAAAUCAGGAAGAUCAAUGAAUAAUGAAUCUUCUCUCGCAGUCGGGGAAAAUGCAACAUUUGAAUGUGAAAUUGAGGGUGCUACAAAAGUCACAUGGUUGAAAAAUAACAUGCCAUUACCAAAUACUAUUUCUAACCGAACUACUAUAACAGAAGAUAAAGAAAACUUUUUGUAUAAAUUACAAUUAAAUAAAGUAAUAAUGUCAGAUUCGGGAACUUACACAGUUAAAGCUGAAAACGAUUUAGGAGAGUCUACAAGUACAGCACUCCUAUUUGUUGAAAAUCUUUCAGCAGAUGAAAAGAAAGCAAGGGCAAAAGCAAAUGCCCCAAUUUUUGCUGUCAAGCUAGCUGAUACUGAGCUUUUAGAAAACACUCAUGCUAGAUUUAUGAUUGAGAUAAAAGCAAAUCCAUUGCCUAAAUUGAGAUUUUUCAAAGGAGAUAAAGAAAUAUCUGACGAAGACAAAAGAAUACAAAUAUUAGAAGUGAAUAAAGAAAAAGGACUCUAUGAAAUUGUUCUACCUAAUGUAAAACCUGAAGAUGCAGGAGAAUAUCGAGUGAUUGCUAGUAAUAAAUACUCUGAGGAGUCAUGUUCUUGUCAUGUUACAGUUACAAAUGAAAAAGACUUAUGGGCUGGAAUGCAAACAGUAGUACCUGAUGGUACGCCACAUUUUACCUGGUUAAAAAAUGGAAAGCCAUUUAACCCAGAAGAACGAUUUAAAGUAUUAUUCAAGGAUGAUGAGGAUUCAUUAGCCUUAGUGUUCCAAAAUGUAAAACCAGAAGACGCUGGUUUAUAUACUUGUAUUGCCUCUACUUGUCAUGGAAAGAUAUCAUGUAGCGCUGAGCUUAGUGUCCAAGGUGUUGUGAAAGAACUCAAUUUGCCUUAUGCUCCGAAAGUAACUACUGACGUGAAAGAAUUUGAAACCAAAAUCCAAAGUACAGCCAUCUUAGAGGCUAAAGUAAUUGGUGAUCCAUUACCAGAUAUAUUUUGGUUUAAAAACGAUGAAGAAAUACAAGAAAAUGAACGAAUAAAAUGCAUGUUCGAAGAUGACAUUGCAGCUAUUGUGAUAAAAAAUGUUGAGGUUGAAGAUGAAGGAGAAUAUAAAGUAUUUGCCAAAAAUGAAUUAGGAUCUGAUACUGAAACAAUUAACCUAUUGAUUAAAGCCGCUCCAAAGUUCAAAAAAAAUUUGAUCGACUAUGAAGGUGUUACUGGAAAAGAAAUCACAUUAACAGUUGAGAUUGAAGCAUCUCCAAAACCAAUAGUACAAUGGUAUAAAGAUAGUAAAGUUAUAAAGAAAUCGAAUAGAAUAAAAUAUGUCACCGAUGAAGUAUCAGGAGUCUAUACUUUAAUUAUUCAAGAUUGUAAAAUGGAAGAUGUAGGUUUAUAUUCAGUUGUCGCGUCUAAUCAAUUUAGUCAAAUAUCUGAUGCUUGUCGAAUUAAUCUUCAAAUGCCUCCCCAAUUUAUUGGUGCCUUAGCCAAAGAGGUAGAAACUUUGGAAGGUGAUUAUGUAUCAUUGAGUGUUAGAGUAGAGGGAGACCCACCACCGCAAGUAAAAUGGUACUUUGAAGACAAAUUGUUAGUUGCUGAUAAGACACAUAUCAAAAUUAACGCUGUAGAAGACGUUCAUACUCUUUUAAUUAGUAAUCUUACGAGGGAAGAUUCAGGCAAAUAUACGUGUGAGAUAAGUAAUGAGUUUGGAAAAAAUACAAGUGAAGGAAAAUUGUUAGUCAAAUGUCCACCGAUUUUCGAAACGCCUUUAAUUGAUACAAAAGCAGUUGAAGGGGAUACAAAUGUAGAAUUUACUAUAAAAUUGAAUUCCUAUCCUAAAUCAUCAAUUCAAUGGUUCCGUGAGGAAGAAGAAAUAACAGAAACAACUACAGAAUUCACUUGUUUCGAAGAUGGAGAUAAUUUCAAGCUAAUUAUAAAAGAAGCAAAAACUAAAUUAGCUGGCACAUAUAAAUGUAGAGCAACAAACGAAAUUGGAACUUAUGAUUCAGAAGCCACUCUAACAGUUAUGUCACAACCUACAUUUAAAAAAGGAUUAAGGGACAUGGAAGUAACGGAAGGCGGAAUGCUUAAACUACAAGUGACUUGUUACGGAAGCCCUAUUCCUGAAAUUAAAUGGUUUAAAGAUGGCAAAGAAGUACGUAGUGAUGCUCACAUCAAAAUAUCAAAAGACAAAAAAAGGGUGGAAAAUUUUAGUCUCACUGUCAAUCUUGUAAAAGUAGAAGAUGGCGGAGAAUAUGAAGUUCGAGCCACUAACGAAAUGGGGACAGCUAUUACUAAGAGUAUAGUAAAUAUUCUAGCGAAACAUUCAACUGAUUUCAAAGAUGAUGAUAAUGAAUCAGCUAAAAGUAAAAAUGAGGAUAUUGAAGAAAAUGUAGAUAAAAAAGAAAAAGUGACAUUGCCAAUCAAAAUCAACAGAAUGGAUAGCACCAGGAAAAGAUUAGUGGGAAUAAAUGUGGAAGAAGAUAGAAAAAUUGGUAUUUCAUCAAUAACUAAUAUAGAUGGUGAUAGAUCUAUCAAAACCGAAGAAAGUUUAGUAAUAAUGAGCAGCCAGUCGGGAGAAUUUAGUUGCGUGGAAAUGAGUUGGGAAGAAUCUUCUACUAAAUGUAAAAACUACUAUGGCAUUGUAGAGGAGCCUAGGGAUGAACGAAUUAUACCAAUUAAAAUAGAUAGAAGUAUAUCAAUACACACAGCUUCUGACGAAGAAGAAGAACCAUUUUGGGUUGUUGAAAGCGUUAAAAAACACGAAGAAGUAAGAAAUGAGAUUAAAAAAAUGAAAGAAAAUAAAAACAUUCAAGCGUCAUUAGGAGAUGGUUAUGAUGAAGACGACGAUAAUUCUUUAAUAGAAUUACUAAAACGAGUACAAAAACAGCGAAAUGAUUUAGAAGAUAUAUUGGAAAAAGAAAACCACAAUAUGAAUAAAUUUGAGAUGAAUCGUUCGGAAAAUAUACUAUCACGAAGCAAUAGUAUGUUAAGUGAAUCAUCUACAUUAAAAGCAAGAUCAGUUUCAAGGUUAUCAUCUUUGGAAGAGAAUAUAAAGAUGGAUGAUCUAUCCGACAAUUUGGGAAAUGAAUUAAUUUCAAAUAAUUCAAAUAUUUGUACAAAAAACCAAAAACAAACCUCAUCAAUCACGGAUAAUAUUUCAAAAGAACUUAUUAGUAACACGACCCAUAAUUUGGAUGAACCAAAAAAAGUUAUUUUGUCUACUGGUACAUUAGGAAAAAGCUGCGAAAAUUUGGAUGAAACAUAUUCCAAACAUGGAGAAGGAGUUCUGAAUUCUGCUGAUAGAAAUUCAAUAUCAAGACUGUCCUCUAUAGAAGAAUGUGAUAACUCUCUUUCAUCUCGAAAAAAUAUAAAAGAGUUUUCUGAAAUACCAAAGAGACCAUCGUUGGCAAGAUUGCCUUCUACUGAGUAUAAAAAACAGGAUACUACACUAGAAAAAUCUAUUUCUCCUAUUAUUAAACAAGAUGAAUCAAAUAAAAAUUCAAUUUCCAAAUCAUUCCCUCUAUAUACAACAGAAAAGAGUGAAAAUAAAUUAACUACAAUUAAUAAUACACUUGACGAUAAAUUCAAACCAAUAUCAGAGAAAAAUUUAAAUGAGUCACUUCAUUUAUCGGGUGGACAUGAUUAUUUAAACAAUAUAAAUAAUAAACCAAAAAGUAAUUACACAGAGGCUUUGGAUAAUGAUGAGUCCCUGCAACAUAGUUCCAUACAUAUGUAUAAUACCGAUGAAGCUGACUUUCGUAGAAAAUCAUUAAUAAGACAAUCUAGUAUCAUAAGUGAUGCUCUAAGUGCGAUGUGUACUGAAAUUUCCGAGGAUAAUAAACAUAAUAAACAAAAAAGACCUUCUAUUAAAGAAGAUAAUACAUGUUAUAACACUACUUUAAAAGAAAAAACUGAAAACGAUUUAUCGAUACCUUUAAUUAAACCUGCAAAUUCUAAAAAAUAUCCACUGUUUGAUGAAGCUGAAAAAACAGAUAAUUUAGUUAGAAAAUCUAGCAUUUCAAAAAUCAGGGAUAAUGAAAAUAUCACUAAAAUCGAAAAUAAUUUAAAGCCUAAAUUAGAUGUUGACGAUGCAUCCGAAAUUAAUAAUGAGUCAUUUGACUCAUUACCAUCGAAACAAGAAUCUGAUGUAUCAAAUACUGAACCAUUGGGAAAAUCCUUACACUUGGAGUUAAAUCAACAAAAAUUAAAUGAUUUAACCACUAAAAAAGGAGAUUCUGAUCUUUUAAAUGGAACUUUGAAUAAUAGCUCUCAUACUUCAACUGAUAGUAUUCCUCAUUCUACGUCACACAGUGAAAAUCAAAUGCCUUUGUUUGAUAAUGAGAAUAAUUUGAAUAAUGAACAGCGCAGAACAUCUGAACCUUUGAAAAAAGAUAACAAUUUAGAUAUCAUUUUACCUAAGAAAUCUAUUUCAUCAAGUGAUAAUGAAAGUUCUGUGAACGAUUUACAACCUAAUGAUUCAACAAAUUCCACUAAAAACUUACAAAUUCCGAACAAUAAAAAUGGGAUCAAUAAAGAAGAUGAUAAGGUUCAAAAACCUAUUCCGAGUUUAUCAGAUAAAGAAAAUGGUAAAAAGUUACCAUUUGGAACUCAUCAAAAAGAAGGAAUUGAAUGCAGUACAUUUAAUGACAACACGGAUAUAUCACCUGGUGAUUCUCUUUCAUUAACAAAAGAAAUAAUAGAUACCAACGUUCUAAAUAUGCCAUUAAAAAAAAAUUUAAUUAAUAAAGAAAACAAUUUAAAUAACACAAAAACUGCGAGUAGCAUAGAAAAAGUUGAUAAAACAGUUAAAGAUCAUUCUCAAGACGAUACAAAUAAAGAAAAUGAAAAUAUAUCAAAAUUGAAAUCCCAAAAUACACCAAAAGAAGAAAACUAUGAUAUGCCAAGAAGUGGAGUAAAACAAAUAGGAGUGCCUCCAAAAAUUAUAAGUGGUAUGGAUGAUGAUGAAACUUAUGAAUCACUUACAAAAGUAUUUAAUGUCAAAGCUCGUGGUACUCCUAAACCAAAAGUUCAAUGGUUUAAAGAUGGCGAUGAACUAUCAAAUACUAGAAAUAUCCAAAUUAAUGAUUCCGAUGAAGAAGAAUCAUUUAAAUUAACUAUUCAAGAUUUGAGAGUGGCUGAUUCUGGUUCAUAUUGCUGUAAACUAACUAAUGAAGUAGGAGAAGACGUGCAAUCAGCAAAACUUAACGUGCAAGAUGUAGAGUUGCUUCGUGGUCCCAAAAUAAGAAAACCACUAACUGAUUUAGAAGUUAAAAAAGGUCAAAAGGUUGUAUGGUCGAUAACGCUCAUAGCUGAUCCCGUUCCUGAUGUUGAAUGGACUUGUGAUGGAAAAAAUGUCAAUGCUGACUUUACUGUUGAUACAUCUGAAAUAGCUAAUGGCCUUAAAGAAUGUACUUUUACAAUGACGAUUGCAUCUUCUGAACUUAGUGAUACCGGUGUUUACCGAGUGAAAGCGACUAAUAAGUUUGAUUCUGCUGAAUGUAGCGCUCGUUUAGAUAUAGUCAUGCAACCUCAAAUAGAAGGAUUCCAUGACAUCACUGUAAUACCCUCGAUGGAAGCGGUAUUUGAAGCGAUUAUUCACGCUGUACCGAAGCCAAAAAUAGUGUGGACAAUAAAUGGAAAAGAUUUAGCAGAACGAGAAUUUGUUAACCUCACAAGUGAAGAAUUAGAUAAUGAUAUAACUAAGUUCAAAAUAGUUAUUGGAGAUGUGAAUCCAGAAGAGGAAGGUGAAUAUGUAGUUAAAGCUUGGAAUAAAGUGGGUGAAACUACUGCCAUAGCUAACCUUAAACUUCACACCGAGAUUCCUUCAUUUGUUAAAUUGAUGGAAGAUUUAACAAUACAAGAAUAUGAAGAAGUUCAGCUAUCUGUACGAGUUAAUGGAAUUCCAAAACCUAAAAUCACUUGGUUUAAAAAUGGGGAGGUCGUAAUACCUGACUUAAGAAUCAGUAUACAUACAAAUGAAGAAGGUCAAAUUAAAAGUACUCUUACUAUCAACCAUUUCAGUGGUUUAGAUACUGCAAAAUUCUCAGUUAAAGCUGUAAAUAUGAUGGGUGAAGCUGAAACAUCAUCGACUCUAACUAUGGCAGAAAUAAUGCCCUCGUUUGUAAAACCAUUAGAACGGAUAACAGAAGCUGUUGAAGGAUCUCCAAUUGAAAUUCAAACAGAACUUAUUGGAAGCCCUCGUCCUAAUGUUGCAUGGUAUAAAGAUGGCGAAGAGCUUAAAAAAAUGGAAGAAAAUAAUACUGAGGAUGAACAACAACAUAUUACCCUAGAAGCAAAUCCAAAUGGAACUGUUUUGAUAAAAAUUGAUAAAGUUGAACAAGGAGAUUGUGGGGCAUAUAAAAUUAUUGCGACUAAUAAUUUUGGUACAAGUGCUACCAAUACUGCAUUGGUAGUAAAUGAAUUACCGAAAAAGCCAGUUAUAAUUAAACACCCAAAUCAAGUGGAUGCCAACGAGGGUGAAAUUUUAAAAAUAGAAGCUCAAUACGUAGCCCAUCCAGACGCUAUUGUAAAAUGGUAUAAAGCAGGACAUGUAUUACAUCCUUGUCCUCAGAUUGAUUUUGUCAUGGGUCCCAAUGGCAAUAUCGCUCUUGUAAUUGAAAAAGCAACGCUUGAUGAUGCUGGUGACUAUAAAAUUGUUGUAUCAAAUGAACUGGGUAAAGCUGCUGGUCAAAUACAAGUUAAAGUAAAACCGGCAGCUACAUUACCAGAUUUUAUCAUGCCUUUAAGAGAUUCUAAAGUAGUAGAAGGAUUCCCUGCAAAAUUACCCUUUAGGUUAUCUGGUUUUCCGCUUCCAGAAAUGGCAUGGACAAUCAAUGAUACGCCAUUAGUCGUGGAUGGAGAAAAUAUCAAAAUGGCACAUGAACCUGAUGGUCUCCAUUACUUGUUAAUUGAAAAAGCUGGUCCGGAACAUGCAGGCAAGCUUGCAAUAAUUGCUUCAAAUGAAAAUGGAACUAGUGCAUCAGAAGCCAAACUGUCGGUAACUUCAAAAAUAAACACUGAUUCAUUAGAAUCUAAACCAGAAUUCCUUCAUGGGCUUAAAGAUACCACAGUAGAGGAAAGCAAUGCAUUGACGUUAUUAGCUCCAUUCCUUGGUAAUCCUAUACCAGACGUUAAGUGGGAAAAAGACGGAAAAGUAUUGCAGCCAUGUAAUAAAGUUCACUUUACCUGUGAUGGUUAUAAAGUUGGACUUGAAGUACUUGAUACCAACACAGGAGAUGCUGGACAGUAUACUUGCACUCUAACAAAUAAACUAGGAUCUUCCAAAUCAGACUGUCAAGUUGGCAUUCGUAAGCUUUAUCAAGCUCCUGUUUUCACGCAACGUUUUUCACAUAACCAACAGUUGCUUUCAAGAGACGCUAAAUUCCAUGCUCGUGUCACCGGAGUUCCAUCUCCAAAUAUUAUAUGGCAUAAAAAUGGCCAUCAAUUAACGAAUGGGGAUAAGUACAAAUUAAAACGUGAUGGGGAAGUUUGUAGUCUAACUAUAAAGGAUGUCAAUAGUGAUGACGCGGGACUAUACAGCUGUAUUGCAACCAACAGAGAUGGAACAGCUACGUGCGAAGCACAACUUUCAAUUGCCCCAAGAAUUGUUGAUGAAUCAAGGAAACAAGAACCACCAUCCUUUAUGAAGAAAAUUGGUGAUUGUGAAGUCUUUGAUGGAAUGACAGCUAAAUUUACUGCAUGUGCUACUGGAUGGCCAGAACCUGAAUAUGAGUGGUUCUUAGACACUAAUAGAUUAUAUGAAACUGAAAGGAUUAGAAUGGAAAAAGAAGGUUCUGGUUUGAUGCGAUUAAAAAUAUUACACGCCGAUUCAAUUAUUGAUUCUGGUCGAUACAAAUUACGAAUCUAUAACCCGCAUGGAGAAGCCUAUUGUGAAGCAAGCAUUAUAUUUGACAAUGGUUUUGAUUCACGUUCGAAACGUCCCGUUGGUGAACUUUACAAAGACUUUGACCGAUAUCGUGCAACUGGAGCACCACUACCAUUACCUGACCCUCCUACAAUUACACGAAUGUCUGAUAAAAGGCUUACUCUUUCAUGGAAACCUUCAUUACCAAUCACGCCAAGGACUCCAGUGACAUAUUUAGUAGAAAUGGAAGAACAACCAAAAGGCGAAUGGAUUACAGUGAGAGCUGGUAUUCGAGGUUGUGCCUGCGAUAUACAUGGUUUAAUACCAUUUAGAGAUUAUAAGUUCCGAGUAAGAGUUGAAAAUAACUAUGGAAUUAGUGAUCCCUCGCCUUUUGUCUUGACAUACAGAGAAAAAUUAGAACCAGAGCCACCUAAAUUUACACCUUAUCUACCAGUUGGAACUGACUUUAGACCAGAAUCAUCACCUUAUUUCCCAAGAGAUUUUGAUAUUGAAAGACCUCCUCAUGAUAACUAUGCCCAAGCACCGAGGUUUUUACAUCAAGAACACGAUACACAAUAUGGUGUUAAAGGUCAUAAUACAAAUUUAUAUUGGUUUGUUUAUGGAUAUCCAAAACCAAAAAUGCAAUAUUAUUUUGAUAAUCAGUUAAUAGAAAUGGGUGGUCGUUAUGAUUCGAGCUAUACACGAAAUGGCCAAGCUACAUUAUUUAUUAAUAAGAUGUUGGAUCGAGAUAUUGGAACAUAUGAAGCUGUUGCCACAAAUGAACAUGGAACAGCUAGACAAAGAGUUAGAUUGCAAAUUGCUGAAUAUCCUAAGUUCUUAAAACGACCCGAAGAAAAGUAUGUGAUUUUACGUAAAAAUUGUAAAUUAGAAGCUAGAGUUAUUGGUGUUCCGUAUCCAGAAAUAAAAUGGUUCAAAGAUUGGAAACCCUUGGUCGACUCUGCUAGAAUUCAAAUUGAACAAGUAGAACCAGAUGUUUGUAUACUACGUAUCGAAGAUGUUAUCAUGAAAGACGAGGGGUUGUAUAGUAUUAGUGCUCGUAAUUUAGCUGGAUCAAUAUCUACAUCAGUGGCUAUACAUGUUGAGGACCGAGAAUCUGAUUAUUCAUAUAACGGCAAAACAGACAUAAAAUGGAAGAAAAAAGAUUUUUCAGAAUUAUAUGAUAUUGGAGACGAGUUGGGACGCGGUACACAGGGUGUUGUGUACCACGCAGUUGAAAGGUCGACAGGUAGAAAUUACGCUGCUAAGGUUAUGAAUGCAAAAGAAGAUCAUUUGACGAAACUAAUGGACAAUGAGCUAAAGAUAAUGAAUGAUUUGAGUAAUAGACGAAUUAUUCGUAUUCAUGAUGCAUUACAGACUUCCAGGACAUACACUCUAAUCACAGAACUUGCUGGAGGUGGUGAGCUUUUGGAUAUUCUAACCAAACAUUCUUUCCUCACAGAAUAUGACAUAGCUUUAUACAUAAUUCAACUACUGAAGGCUUUGAAGCACAUGCACGAUUUUGAAAUUGCUCAUUUGGGACUGACACCUGGAGAUUUACUAAUAUCUCACCCAGGAGGCGAUACAUUAAAGUUAUGUGAUUUUGGACUAAGCAGAAAAAUCAAUAGAAGAAAAUUAGAACCAGUUGACUAUGGUAUGCCAGAGUUUAUUUCUCCGGAAAUAGCUAGAGGAGAAGGUGUUGACCUUUCAUCCGAUAUGUGGUCAGUUGGAGUGAUAACUCAUUUACUUUUAACUGGGGUGUCAUUAUUCCGUUGUGUAAACGAUGCUGAUACUUUGGAUCGAGUUAAAAGUGGUUCCUAUACACUUAGUACCAAAAUCAGCGAUCUAGCUAGAGACUUUAUCUCAAAACUGUUAGUAUUCAACUCUAAUGACCGUUUGGAUGUUAUAAGUGCUCUUCAACAUCCCUGGUUACAAUUUGGUGAAGAUAUACCCGCAGGAACUAGUCAAAUAAACACAGAUUCUCUUCGAAAUUAUUACAACAACUUGAAAGAUUGGUAUAGUAACGCGUCUUGUAGAAAUUGGUAUAGAAGCCGUCCAUUAUCUUCUGCAUACACUCAUCCAUCAAAAAUGAUUUAUCCACCUGGUUUCACUUGCACUCCUAGCGCUACUCCAGAACCAGAAAUAAAGCCACCAAAGAAACAUGUGCCUUCAUGGAAAGAUAAACUUCCAUCCAGAGAACCAAUAGAUACAGAAAUAGGAAUAAUUAAAUCAGAGAGUCACUAUCAAUAUGGUCCCGAUACAUAUUUGUUACAACUAAGAGACACAAACUUCCCAGUGCGUUUAAGGGAAUAUAUGAAAGUUGCUGGUAAAAGUUUAACUCAUAGAGGAGGAAGUGAUUCACAUAUGGACUGGGAGGCUCCAGUUAUUCGCGAAAGAAGAAAAUUUACAGAUAUCAUGGAUGAAGAAAUUGAAGAUGAACAAAAAGCGAGGAUCAGUAAAUAUGGUGCUGACAUAUACACAUUAAGGAGACUUAAACAAGAAAUAGGUUCUAGACCAACUGCUCAUGUAGAAGCAGAAGCAAUUUUAGAAUCAAGAAUUGAUGGACAACCACCAUUCUUUAGAGAAAAGCCACAAAAAUUACCCAUUGAACCAGAUAAGCCAGCUGAUCUUAUGUGUUUAGCUGUGGGAGUACCAAAACCAUUAGUUCAGUGGUUCAAAAAUGAUAUAGUUUUAACUGAAAGUCAUAGAAUAAAAAUGUUAGAGGACAAUGAUGGUAGAUCAAUUCUCAGAUUAGAUCCAGCAACCGAGUUGGAUCUAGGUAUAUAUAAAGUUGUGGCGAGAAAUAAAUUUGGACAAACAACAGCAAGAGCUCGGCUCGUUUUAGCACAUGAACCCGGACCUAUGGAAGCCCCAAUAGUGAAGGAAUAUUCUGAUACUGAAAUUUUAUUACGGUGGGAUCAUCCAAAACUGGAUGGAAAUUCUCCAAUAUUAUGCUAUCAAUUGGAAGUACGAGAAAAUGAAAGUGAAUGGGAACUGGUGGCUAAAAAUAUUGAUCACGAAUUUUGGCUAAUGCAAAACCUUCGACCUUACACAAAUUAUGAAUUCAGAUUAGCAGCAAUGAACUAUAUUGCUUGGGGUCCAACUGGACCAUCUUCACCAAUGAUUCGAACACAUUUCCCUGAUGCGCAAAAAUUGGAAGUUCCAUCGGCGAUGUUAAAUUUACAGAUAAUAACUGAAAGUGGACGGGAAAUCAUUGGUGACGAGCCUCGUAAUAAUUUAGAUUAUUCACUUGAGUAUAAACCAAUAGAUUGGGCUGAACAGCCUCCUAUCGAAAAAUACCGUUUUAUUUCUGAAAUCGCAAGAGGGCGAUUCUCCGUCGUACUUAAAGGAAUAAAUACAUCAAAUGAUUCAAUUGCUGUAGCGAAGUUAUUGGAGAUUACACCUGACACUGAAUCACAAGUUACACACGAAUUUAAUGUCCUUAAAUCAUUAAAACACGAAAGAAUAGCAUACCUCAUUGAGGCUUUUAAGCUAGAAAAUGCACCUGUUGCUGUUUUUAUUCAAGAAAAAUUACAAGGAGCAGAUAUACUGACUUACUUAUCAACAAAAGAACAUUAUUCGGAACAAACCGUAGCUACAAUCGUCGCUCAAGUAUUGGACGGUUUGCAAUAUUUACACUGGCGAGGAUAUGCCCAUUUGGAUUUGCAACCGGACAACAUAGUGAUGGCUUCUGUGCGGACCAUACACGUCAAACUGAUCGACUUUGGAUGCGCGCAGAAAGUCAGUAAGCUAGGAGCAGUCGUUGGGGCAAACAGCGUCUUGGAGUUCACGGCACCGGAGAUCUUGUGCGAUGAACCUGCGUACCCAUACUCCGAUAUUUGGUCGCUCGGAGUGAUUGCAUACACUCUGUUGUCUGGUAUGUCUCCGUUCCGAGGAUCUAACGACACGGAGACCAGGCAAAACAUCACAUUUGUCCGAUAUCGGUUUGAAUAUCUGUACAAGGACUUAUCGCAAGAAGCCACUAGAUUUUUAAUGUUGUUAUUUAAAAGGACACCAACUAAACGGCCAUCAGCAGAAGAAUGCCACGAACAUAGAUGGCUAUUACCAACGGAAUAUAUGAUUAAGAAAAGAGAAAAAACCAUGUUUAAUUCUUACAAAUUACAGCAUUUUGCCAAAGAGUAUCAUGAAAACCGGACCAAAUUGGCAACUUCGUCGCCAAAAUUGUUGGGAGCCUUAGGAACAAGGCAAAUUGGACUUGGUCGGUCAAAUAGCGUAGUUGAUGAACUGCUUAUCUUCAAAUAA